GCCCUUAGUUUCACUUAACCAUUCAGCCAGGGAUGCAGAGCUUUUUCCGCUACUUUUCUGCCCAAUUAAUUGACACCUAUGGAUUAACAGACAAAGCCGGACUCUGUGUCUAAAAAAGAGCCGGACUUUCAAUUCAGGCGAGCCUACCUAGUAAACAGAAACAAGGUCGGCGGGUCGGAAAUUGCCCAAAAAGUCCGGACCUUUACCGGAAAAGGAUAGAACCGCCGCAAUCUCUCGUCUCCAGUCCCUACCGCCGCCGCCGCCCCUCACUCCCUCUCCCCGCGCCGGCCCCGCAUCCCACGCGCGUCGCCGCCGCCGGCCCAGUUCUUCCCCGCCUGGACGCCGCGCUGCCGCCGUCUCCGCCCCGUCCGCCCAUUGGGUCUGAGGUACGAGGUUUCUCCAUCUUCAUCCGGCGGUUAGGCUCAAUACAAAUCCCGCUGAACCCCACGGCUUCUGGGCGCACGCCGUCUAGAUCCGCCCUGGCAGCAGCCGCUGUGACGACCUGGGAACGGCUUGCUAGCUAGAUUGCGAAGGCAAGAUUUUAUUUUUGCCUGUUUGAUUGAUCUGAGUGAUGUGCCGAGCAAUGUUGAUGAACUUUUGCAUGGCUUUGUAACUUUCCCUCCCGAUGCUUGAGUAGUUGCGGCUGGCCUGGUGGCUGCUCGCUCUGUUUGAGGUGGUGGUACAAUUGUAGGUUCCUAUUAAUGGAGAUUGGGGCAACUGCCCUUUCAUCAAAAAGGGAAAUCCUUAAACUGAAUCCGCAUGCCGGCCCCUGUUUCAUCAAAAGGGAAAUCCUAAACUGAACCGGCAUGCUGGACCCUGUUUCUGGAUGAAGCCUUGAAAUUCUGGGAGCCAUAUCCCUACCCAUACACCCAGGAGAUAGAUAAAUGAGCAGCCCUCCACUGCUGAUAGUUGUCUUUUAUGUUUGAUAGUUUUGUAAGUGUGAGACCUGUGGACGCUUUUGCUGCACAAUGCUUGUUCUUGUUCAGAUGAUGCCCUUAUUAUGUUGUUUUUCAUGUUUGCCUUUGAUGCUUGGCAGCUCUGUUUGUUUAUAAAUGUAAAACCUGUAGAUGUGUCUUGCACAGUGCUUAUUCUUAAUUAUAUUCCGAGGAAAUCACAGCCAUUACGAGUGACUGUUGCUAGGCGUUGUUAUUUCCCGCAGAAGCUCCUAUGGCAACACCCGACGAACAGGAUAAGAAGGACCAGCAGGAUAUGAAGGACGAACAACAGGCUCACAAGGACGACGACGAACAGGCUGCGAAGGAGUACGCUGAUUUCGAGGCGAGGGUCGAGAGGACGAUAUACAUCGAUCACCUCUCCCCCCUGGUCACCGCCCAGGUCAUCAAGGCGUCGCUCGCCCAGUGCGCCAACGUCGUCAGCACCGAGUUCAUCCAGAACUACACGAUCCAGUACGAGAUCCCCGCCGCUGCGUUGGUGGAGGUGGACAACGUGUCGCAGGCCCAGGCUGCUGUGGACCUGAUGAACAACUUCCCUUUCAUGCUCGGCGGGAUGCCCAGGCCUGUGAGGGCUGUCUUUGCAAAGCCCGACAUGUUUCCGGACCGCCCUAGGAAGCCUGGCUUGAAGAUUGAGUUCAGCUGGGUAAAGCAAGGAGAUCCAGGGUAUGAUGGGAUGAAUAAGCUCAAGGGCCUCGCCAGGAGGCAAGAAGCAGAAAAUAUGGCACUUAUCAAGAAUCAAUUGGAAGAGGAGAAGGAGCUGGCGGCGCAGCAGCAGGAAACCCUGGAAGCAAGCAAUAGCAAGUACGACAUGCUCGAGAAACUCAUGACCGGUGGGGACAUUACUAAACUCGCUCAGCAUUAUAAGGUCAAGCUGGGAGACGACUGAUGAGUUCUCGACGUACAAGCACCUCCCUCGGAGACUACGGUCACCAGUGCAAGCAGAUUCUUGUUCUGCCCAGGGCAUCCCGCUUGUAGAUGUAAUGGUGUGAUAGUAAUCACCCAUUGGCUAAGCAUCGAUUUGUUUGGUGCAGCCGCGCUCUAGUUGUAGCCAGCUGCAAAGCAGCAGUUCCUUAGUGUAACAACUGUUACGGUCCGAUCCGUUGAUGGUACGCUUGGUGUAAUAACAAUCUUUGUAUGACCUCCAAGCUUAUCAUGACGCCAAGAUGAUCCAACGAUG